AAAUACGCAACAGACAGACAGAAUAUCACUGACGUGUAAACAUUCAUUUUUAUGUUCGAACAAGAAGAAAAUUAACUCUCAUUUUGACUGACACGCCCGUUUAAUUCGCAGGAUGCUUUGGCAAUGUUCCCAUAUAUUUCAGAUAAUUCCUAAACAAAGUUGCAGUGGUGGACAGCGGACAAAUAUAUUCACUGUCAAGACAGAAUGAGUGGAAGUAGCGUGGACAGAGCAUUCUAUGGCUUAGUUCUUGAAGACAGCUGGAUUAUAUAUCGCAAAGUGAAAUACGUGAAGUGAAAAUACGGACCUGACGGACGGACGGUCACAGGCAUGAUCAUGGGCUCCUGGGAAGAGAAUUUGGGUCAGUCGAAUCGUUCCGUGUUGGGGCUUGAAGGGCCAUCAGACAUAUCCAGUUCCCUCUUCAAUCUCAGCAGCAGUUAUGGGGGUACAGAGGCUUUUCUCUGGCUCUUUCCAUCAGAGAACGUGACAUGGACCACGACAAGGCCGACGAUGCAGCCUGUGGCCCCUCCACGAGUGCGGGACCAGGCCUUGGCCCAAGCGGAGAUUAGAGUGCUGGGACUGGUGCUGGCCCUCACAGCUCUGGGUAACGGGUUUGUGUUGUGGGUACUGCUGCACAGGAAGAAACAUCAUGCACCCAUGCACCUUUUCAUGAUCAAUCUGUGUGUGGCCGACCUCGUGGUGGCUUUAUUUCAGGUUUUGCCACAGUUGGUGUGGGACAUUACCGAACGCUUUCAGGGCCCCGACGCUCUGUGUCGCUCUGUGAAGUACUUACAGAUUGUCGGGAUGUUUGCGUCCUCCUACAUGAUUGUUGCUAUGACUGUGGAUCGGCACUAUGCCAUCUGCUGCCCCUUGCAGGCAUAUCGGGGAGGCGUGCCCUCUCGCUGGAACACCUCCAUUGUGGUCGCAUGGGGCUUGGCUCUGGUGCUAAGUUUACCACAGGUUUUCAUCUUCUCACGGUCAGAGGUGGCCCCUGGGGAGUUUGAAUGCUGGGGUCAUUUUGCUGAGCCAUGGGGACUUAAAGCAUACGUUACCUGGAUGACUGUAUCUGUGUUCAUAUUACCAGCAUUAAUCAUCACUGUCUGUCAGGUGCGCAUUUUCAGGGAGAUCCAUGACAAUAUCUACCUGAAGUCGGAGCGGUUGGUGACAGCGGAAUUUAAGAGGAGCUCCGUAUUCUUCAGCUUUGCUCAUCUGGAGGGUUGCAGGGGAAGGGUCAGAGAAAGAAACAGACAAAGCAGACACAGCCAUCAUAUAGACAGCGGUGUCAGCCAAGCAUACUGCAGCCCAUCUCAGUCCCCUUCCCCUCCCGAACUCCAAAACUUGCACAGUAACUACACUCAGACCCCAGCCUGCAGGAACUCUAUCUGUGAGCCCUGCUUUGGGCCACUCCCCUCUUCAGAUAGCCCCUCCCCUUCCAUCCCACCUCACCUGCAAAUCUCUCCCGCCCACAAUGCCAACCACAUCCCUGCAACCGUCCAUUCUCAAUCGUUGGCAGCCAAUAGCGUGGGCACAAUAUCUAGUGCUCCUUUUUCAUUGGCUGGACAAUUAAACAUGUCUGGGGCUUCUGAGAUGACGUUUCCGGAUGUGCUUCCAGAUGCUCCGGCUAUUCCUCUUCAUGCUGAGUACUCACAUCCGCCACCUCUACCGGGUGUGACUAAGGCCAUGUCCAAGACGGUCAGGAUGACUCUUGUCAUCGUACUGGUCUACACCAUCUGCUGGUCUCCUUUCUUUAUUGUUCAGUUAUGGGCAGCCUGGGACCCCAACCCACCUGAUCAAGGUGCUGUCUUCACUAUCCUGAUGCUGCUGGCCAGUCUGAAUUCCUGCACUAACCCGUGGAUCUACACAGCCUUCUCCAGCAGCGUAUCACGUGAGCUGCUUGGCCUGCUGCGCUGCAACACCACGCUAUCUCCACGCCGAGGUUCACUGCCGGACGACUCCACCACCACGCACACGUCCACCACCACAAAGGACUCCAUCUACUGACCUCCACCUACUCUGGAACACAUGCAUGCAUGCCGACACACAACUGAGGUCCAUGAGAGCAACUGACCUGCUGGGCUGGUUCAAAUACAGCGAACUCAAAAAUUUAUCAGAUUCAGGUACCUGGCGAAAACACAAUCUGAACUUCGACUGCUACAUCGUAAAGAUAGCAAUCAGGUACUGAGACUAAAUUGUGUGGCUUGUAGACACAGUGACAUUCAUCCACAUUUCACAUGUUAUCAGACUGGAGUGAUCUGUGAAUGCUGAUGAACACCUUGUGAAGCCCAACUUAUCGAGACUGAGGAAGAGGAUGGAAGUGAAGGAUCCGAGAUUCAUCCCGACAUUCCUUAAAUAUCUCAGCUGAAUGGUCUCAAAGAUUUGGGUCAAGGCGUUAUCAGACGUUACAGCACAAAGGAAAAGUGCAAAAUGCUGGGGAUGGGACAGAAAACAAAAUGCGAUCAAUGAAUGGACAAAAGGUUAUCUUGCUGUACUUCGAACAUCUGCAGAAGACCAGUGGCAAGGUGCUGCAAAGCAGACUGUCAUACAUUAUGAGGAGCGGCAUCUUAAGAUGCUGUGAUUUAUGAUACAAUGCUUUCUGUUUUCCUGGUACGCAUAGAUGAGGUAUAAAUAGAUUGCAGGAGAUGGUGAAUUGGAUUAGUUUAGACUCCAGAUUAUUUGAAUACAGGAUAUUACGUAAAACAUUAGAAGUGCUGACAGUUUCAAAAGGAAGGUGGUACACCGGGAGUAAAUCUACUGUACGUGUAACAACCACAUUGCACAGUUGUCAAUAAAUCCCAUCGUCUGUUUUUAUUAAA